AUGGCAACCGAAAAAGAAGAUGCGUAUACAAUAGGGAUGGAUAAUAAGCAAGUCGAGGGCAAGGACUUACUACAUGACGAAGCACAUGUCUCGGAGGCUAAGCAUGCUGCGGAUGUUGAGCAGAAAAUGUCACUUCUCGAGGCUAUCAAGCUCUACCCGAAGGCUAUCGCUUGGUCUGUUUUGGUUUCAUCCACGCUCAUCAUGGAAGGCUACGACUUGGCGCUACUAAGUAGCCUCUAUGCCUCACCGGUGUUUAACAAGAAAUUCGGUACUUACAGCGAGGAAAAGGACAAAUGGGUAUUGUCUGCUGCGUGGCAGUCAGGAUUAUCCAACGGCGCACGUGCCGGCGAGAUCCUCGGUCUUAUCCUUGCUGGUUGGACAUCGGACCGUUAUGGGUAUAAGAUCACAACGAUCGGGUUUUUAAUGUUGAUGAUCAUGUUCAUAUUCGUUCUAUUCUUCGCCCCCAAUGUACAAGUGCUUGUUAUAGGUGAAGUACUAUGCGGUAUCCCCUGGGGUGCUUUUCAGCCAUACCUGACAACAUUUAUUAACAUGUGUUGGGUGAUUGGCCAAUUCUUCGCAGCUGCCGUGAACAAAGGGUCUGUUGGUCGCCUUGACGAAUGGGCAUACAGGAUUCCAUUUGGAGUUCAAUGGGUCUGGCCUGUGCCUAUUCUUGCCGGCUUGGUAUUCGCCCCCGAAUCUCCGUGGUGGUAUAUUCGAAAGGGCAAUCGGGAGGCGGCUAGGGAAUCUUUGUUAAGAUUAACAUCGCCAAACGACUCGAGUUUCAACGCGGACGAGACCAUCGCUAUGAUUGAACAUACGAAUGAACUUGAGAAGAAGAUGAAGCAAGGCCUCACCUAUCGAGACUGCUUCAAGGGGAUUGACUUGCGAAGGACCGAAAUCGUCGUCGGCAUCUGGCUCGUGCAGACCCUCGGAGGUCAAAACCUUAUGGGUUAUUUUCCCUACUUCCUAACCCAGGCAGGAUUGGACGCUUCCAACUCCUUCUCUCUUUCUAUGGGACAAUACGCAUUGGGUAUGGUCGGCACAGCCGGCUCCUGGUUCCUCAUGUCUCGAAUGGGUCGGCGUACCAUCCACUUUAGCGGACUCUGCUGUCAGCUUCUCAUUUUGAUCAUCGUCGGUUCUCUCUCGUUUGCUGGGACGAAUAGCUCCGUGUGGGCGAUUGGCGGGAUGUUGAUUGUAUUCACAUUCGUUUACGACUUCACGGUCGGACCCGUCACAUAUUCUCUGAUCUCAGAGUUAUCCUCGACACGGCUUAAGGCUAAAACGAUUGUCCUCGCCCGUGUUGCUUACAACGCAAGCAACAUCUUCGUGAAUGUCAUGACCAAUUAUCAACUCUCAUCCACAGCCUGGAAUUGGGGUGCAAAAACUGCGUUUUUUUGGGCAGGGACUUGUUUGAUAUCCUCCGUUUGGGUAUUUUUUCGACUGCCUGAACCUAAAGGACGAACAUACGCCGAAUUGGACCUACUCUUCGAGCAUCACGUUUCAGCACGCAGCUUUUCCAAGACAAAGAUAGACCCAUUCUCGCAACAGGGUAACAAUGCUAUCAAGAGGGUAUCCACAGACGGGAAGCUAGGGCAGCAGGGGAAGGAGAUAGACUAUGCAUAA